GCUAGUCGUUCCUCCGGCCGCGAGCAGCGCAGACGAGCUCACCUCAGCUGACCGCCCGACCUGCCACACUGCGGCACCUGCCUCAACCCGCGCGGGACACCAAGACUCGCCGCGUCCGUCUGGCCCGACCACCGGUGACGGUCCUACUUGCUGUUUUCCUCGGCGUGUGUGCUAGGCCGUGAUAUCGCGUGCGGAACACUCGUGUGGGACUCGAAACUCAUCGAUCAUACCACCUAGCAGACGCCGCCAACCAUGGAAACGGACGACAUCACGAAACUCGUCGACGAGAUCUACAAGAACAUCCUGGACAAGUUCAACCCUGGAGCGCGACAACUCAUCACCGCCGGGAAGGCGUACCUGAAGGCCCUGCACGGAGCUGCGGCGGCGUCCCGGCUGUACGUGGACGCCAUCAGCAAGCUGGCCAAGCAGGCGCAACAGGGCACCUGGGGAGCCUCCGCAGACAUCGGUUCUGCUUUGAUGCAAAUCGUUGAUGUAUACAAGGAGAUACAAGCUCAACAGAUCAACACGCUCAAAGCAUUCUACGUAGACAUGCUUGUUCCACUCGAGACCAAUCUAGAAAAGGAUACAAAAGUUGUGCAGAGCGAACAGAAGCGCUUCCUGCAGCAGCACAAGCAGCAGGCGGAGUCGUACAGCAAGGUGGAGGCCGCCCUCAGGAAGCAGCGCAAGAAGUCGCGCGCCAAGACGUCCGCCGGGGCGCUGGACCGCGAGGUCAAGAACCUGCAGGCGCUCGAGGAGCAGCGCGCCAAGAUGGACGCCUUCUGCGAGGCCAGCCUCAAGACGGCGCUGACGCAGGAGCGGCGGCGGUACGGGUUCGUGCUGGAGCGUCAGUGCUCGCUGGCGAAGCACUGGCUGGUGGCGCACGCGCAGGGCAAGCAGGCGCUGGAGGGCCGGCUGAGCGAGUGGCAGGGCGUGGCGCAGGCCCGCGAGGCGCUGCCCCCGGCCGUGGAGGCGGCGCUCGCCGCCGGGCACUGCCGCCCGCCCGCCCCCGGAGCCGCCGGCGACGACGACGACGACGUGGACGACGGGCGCGCCUCGGUGGCGUCGCGCCUGCGCAAGGCGCGCUCCGUGGACGCCUCCUGCCUCGACCUGCGCUCCAUAGCCGAGGAGCCCGCGCCCCCCAGGCGGCCGCGCCUCUCCAGGGCCAAGUCAGACUUCAACCUCACCGCCUCCACACACUCUCUGCUCCAGGACAUGCAAGAUUCUGAACCAAGAAGGAAAUCCAUGGCAGUAACCACAGGGUGGGAGGGAAGCCAAUUAGCUCGGGCAUUGUAUCCGUAUCUUUCUAGUGGUGAUAACCAACUCAAUUUCUUGGAAGGGGAUGUGAUUGAAAUAUUGGGAGAACGCAAUAAGGGAUGGCAAUUCGGUGAGAACCUGAGAACUCACUCCACUGGCUGGUUUCCAUUGGCAUACACAGAAAUGAUUUUUGAUGGCAUUGAUGACAGUUCACCAACAGACAGUGCUUGCCUUGAUGCAAUCAGCAAUGGAGCAGCAACACCAGCCCAUCACAGAGGUGGCAGCAGUAGUCCUCCGGGUAAAGCAGGCCACAGCCCCAACCCUUCUCUUAGCAAUACCCACUCUCGUGCCCCUGCACCACAGUCUGCUAGAGUAGGCUCUCCCCCCAUGAAUCACCGACCACUAAGAAGACAGCCUGGUCACAAUCAGAGUGUUCCUACCCAUAUUAAUAUUGGACCCCCACCAUCUCUUCCUGCUCCAGUACCAAGACGCAAGUUACCCCCACCACCACUGCCCCCUCUUAGAACCACAGGGGCAAGCACCAGCCUCCACAGUAGCAAUGACAGUGGCUUUAGUAAUGACCCACCACCUGCUCCUGAAGUUGAUUACUCAGAUGAUGAAACUUCAAAGAAACAUUCAUCAAAGAAAGCUGCAUCUCUGACUCUCAGCAAGGAGAAGUUAAGAGGAUGGUUGCUGUACAAAUCUGCUCUUGACCUGUGGCAAGAUGUUAACAACAACACCGGUCAGCAUGAAAUGCAAAAUAAUCAUCAGAUAGUCAGCAAGCAAGCAUCAAGUUUGGCUCAUCUGGCCACUCUAGGCAGAUUUAGUUCAAACGAAAAACAGCUACAACCACCUACAAUUGUUAAAAGAACCCGAUCCUUAUGGAAAUUUAGGCGGCCACAGAAUUCUGUAAAUGGAGAUGUGCUCGAAGGAAUGGCCCUCUGGCAGCAUCGUUCAUUGGUUGAUGUGCCAUCAGCAGUGGAGUCUGAAGAGAAGAAGACAACAGAAGAGAAGAAGACAAAUGAAAAGGCAGCAGUUGCUGUCCAGACAGAAGACUUAUCAGACAGUGAUUCAGAUGAGUCCAACAGCAACUAUUAUUUACUAAUAGAGGAUCAUCACCGUAGAGCAUCUGUGAAUGGAUUACUUUCCUAUGGACAGACGCUUAAGAAACGACUAAGCAAGCCUGACAGAGGGUCUAGAUUUGAUCAACGCUCUCAGACGACAGGAAAUAUGUGUGGCCCCUGGUAUGAUCUUUGGGGGCUAGAUGAAUCUGUGGUCAAAUAAAGAAAUGCAGAUAUUCACAUUCAUAUUGGCUUAAAGCAUAAAUUAUGAAAUAUUUAAUGAACAUUACCUGUUACUGCCAAGACUUGGUAGUUUGUAAUAGAAGACCUACAAAGGAUCAAAGGAUGUGUAAGUGUGUGUGUUUAUAUAAGUAUAAGUCACUCUUGUCAUGUGCGUUCUGCUGAAGUGCUGAUUCAUCAAGUGAAACUGUGAGAUGUGCUUAGUCAGUGUCAGCUAAUUCACAUAUUGCAUCAGUGAGAACAUGAUUAGAAAUGAACAAAUACUUUGGACAGUAUUGUACUCUUUGAUAGAAGAGAAGACUGUUACAUAUCAGUAGAAGGCUGUAAUGCUGAAUCAGUUUAAUAAUUCUCUCCUUGAUGUUCUUAAUGUAUAUAACACUUAUGUGCCUAAUGAAAAUUCCUUAAAUUUAAAAGUGAGUGGGUUAUAUACACAUGCAUGUAUAUUAAAUGUAUUAAACAAUUUGGGAAAUAAUUUUGCAAUUGCUUUAGAAUUACUUAC